ACAUACCAACAACUCAGCGCCACAUCUAUUCUUCCUCCAAAAUAAUUCAGGUUAUGGAUGUGUUAUUAUUAUCAUUAUUUGCACUCUUGGUUGUUUUGCCAAGCCUGACAACAGUUGAGAGCCGCAAAGCACCAGUUCUGGACUAUUUUGAUUACGGCUCCGUGAGCUGCAGAGCUUACAGUGCCUCACUGAUAGAGUUUGGAGGGGUUGGUGAUGGAACAACUUUGAACACAAAAGCCUUUCAGACAGCUAUAGAUUAUUUGAGCCAAUAUGCAUCAAAUGGUGGGUCUCAACUUUAUCUUCCCCCAGGAAGAUGGUUAACUGGUAGUUUCAAUGUCACAAGCCAUUUCACUUUAUUCCUACACAAGGAUGCUGUAAUUCUUGGUUCUCAGGAUGAAUGUGACUGGCCAGUGAUUGAUCCCUUGCCAUCUUAUGGUAGAGGGAGGGAUACCCAAGGUGGAAGGUUUAGCAGUCUAAUUUUUGGAACCAACCUCACUGAUGUAGUCAUAACUGGGGGUAAUGGAACAAUAGAUGGACAAGGUGACUUAUGGUGGCAAAAAUUCCACAAUGGACAGCUCAAUUAUACCAGGCCUUACCUAAUUGAAAUCAUGUACUCAGAUAAUGUUCAGAUAUCCAAUCUCACUUUGGUUAAUUCUCCAUCGUGGAAUGUCCAUCCUGUAUAUAGCAGCAACGUUAUUGUUCCAGGAAUCACAAUUCUAGCUCCUGUGACAUCCCCGAAUACAGAUGGAAUCAACCCUGACUCGUGCACAAACACGCGAAUUGAGGAUUGUUAUAUUGUAUCGGGAGAUGAUUGUGUGGCUGUGAAGAGUGGUUGGGAUGAGUAUGGUAUAGCUUUUGGAAUGCCAACUAAACAGCUGGUAAUCAGAAGGCUCACUUGUAUUUCUCCAUUCAGUGCUGUGAUUGCUUUAGGGAGUGAAAUGUCUGGUGGGAUUCAGGAUGUGAGAGCUGAAGACAUUAUAGCCAUCAAUACAGAAUCAGGGGUGAGGAUCAAAACUGCUGUAGGAAGAGGAGGCUACGUGAAGGACAUAUAUGUUAGAAGAAUGACUAUGAUAACCAUGAAAUGGGCAUUUUGGAUGACUGGAAAUUAUGGGUCUCAUGCUGAUGAUAACUAUGAUCCCAAUGCACUUCCUCUGAUUCAGAAUAUUAAUUAUCGCGAUAUGGUAGCUGAGAAUGUCACUAUGGCAGCAAGAUUAGAGGGUAUAUCUGGUGAUCCAUUUACUGGAAUCUGCAUAUCCAAUGUAACCAUUCAACUGGCAAAGAAGGCUAAAAAGGUUCCAUGGAAUUGCACUGAUAUUGCUGGGAUUUCAAGUGGUGUGACUCCUCUGCCAUGUGAUUUGUUGCCAGAUCAAGGAUUAGAUAAGAUUGGGGCAUGUACCUUCCCAGAAGAAACUUUGCCCAUAGAAGAUAUCAAGGUUCAAACGUGCACUUACAGAAGGAAUUUAUGACAGUGUAAAAGGAACGGAUCAGUGCAAGGAAAAUUCCAAAUCAAACAAUGUAUUACUUCAAAAAUUGAAAAAUUGUUUGUAUUUAAAACAUUGGAGACUUGUAUAAGAAUGUAAACAAGGGAAACAUCAAAAAUUAAACAGAAGUGACUCAAUAAU